AUGUCUGAUAAGCUGAACAUCGAGGCUCCUAGCUUUGUUCCAGAUUACAGGCAGAAAAAGGGUGGCAGGAAUGCCGGUAAGGCACUCACUACUCCGAAUGCCAAUACAAAGCCUAAACCCGCGAAGAAUGGCAGGGGCUCAAAGGGGAAUGGAAAUUCUCAUAGAAAUCAUGGGAAACCCAGUGCACAUGAGGACUUGGAAUGGAACAUUCAAGAUGAGCUUGCCCAUGGAGAUUACAAAUUAAACGGGAAGAAAACAAAGAUAUCGAUCAAUCAUUUGCUUGAUUUCCAGCUACCUGAAGUGGAACGUUUUAAAUCCGGGUCUACGAGAGCACCUGACAAAAGAAGAAGAAGACGUCAAAGUGAUAACCAAGACAGAGUUUAUCUACACGGGGAUUCUUUUGUGAAUGCGAACUAUAAGUUCCUUGUGGAUGAUGAAGGUUCUUACGAAGCGCAAUGUAACGAUCCCAACGUGCCAUUGGAGACGGAAUCAGUGAAGCGUGUGGUGAUACCAAAGGGACAAACUUGUCCGAUAUGUUUAUCGGAAGACCUUAUAUCUCCGAGAAUGGUUGUUUGUGGUCAUGUCUUCUGUCAAACGUGUUUGCUCCAACUGUUUACCAAUGACCCAAUGGUAGGAAAAAACGAUGAAAGUACGUAUGCAAGGAUGAAGCGCAAGGAUUUAAGAGAAUGCCCGCUUUGUAGUAGCAUUAUCAAAAAGACAAGCGUGAAACCUGUUCUUUUCACUGACGCAGACUCCAAGGAUAAUACCCCAACUAUUGGUUCCAUGGUCGAAUUGCAACUAAUGUGUAGACCUCAUGGCUCCCUACUACCGUUACCUGUUAACCUCAACAUUGAUCCAUUCUCCAUUGGAAAUUUCCCAUCAGUGCAUAUGAAAGAGUUAGCCGUGUAUUCCCGAAUCAUGAAAUGUAGCACGCAAUAUGCAAUCCAUUUAUUGGAGCGGGAUAAUUUACAGAUAUAUGAACAGUUAGAAAUCGAUAAGGCGUUGUAUCACGAUAAUGGGAAGCUGGCACAAUUAGCGUUAGAUGAAAAUGUAUCAUUAAUCAACGGAUUAAAAUCCAAGAACAACAAUAAAGAGCCCGAUAUUUCUGCCCUUUCUAUUGCAUCAGGUGGAUUAGAAAAAUACAAUGAUGAUAAUGCAUUCUUCUAUUACGAGGCUGGGUUCAACUCCACCACGAAAUUUUAUCUUUCACCAUUAGACGUUAAGGUGUUGAAAAACGUAUUUGCACACUACCACGAAUUCCCUAGCACUAUCAAGAUCAAAGUUGAAGACAUCCAUUACGGAUCAAUGGUUACGGAAACAACUAUAUCCAAAUUCAAGUAUUUCUCUCAUUUACCGAUUGGUACAGAGUUAGCAUUCGUUGACCUUGAUUGGCGCAAUGAGGACAUCAUUCCAAAGGAAGUUUAUAACAAAUUCUUUGCUGAGUUGAGACAAAGGCACAGAAAAGCGAUGACAAAGAGAAACAAAGAGGAUAAAGACAAGAUUACCUACCAAGAACGACUUGAGCAAGAACACCUAGAAUUCUACCAACGUGAAAACAAUAACCAGUAUCCACCUAUGCAAAAGCCAGCCACUCAGUUUCCAUCAAAGAAGACCAGUACCGUUAACCAUCCUUCAAAUAUUGCAUUGUCAGCAUCGCCAGAUGACGAAGCUUCAUCGAAACCAAAAAUGAAGGAACGUACUGUAUGGGGAACACAAAUUACCGUUACAGACCAAAAUGUCAUCGAAGAGGACCUAGAGUUCGAGAAAAUGCUACUUGAAGCUUCACAAUCGAAGAAAGGUCGUUCAAAGAAAAAGGGUAAAACACUCCUUCUGAGUAACAACUCAACUAGAACAUUAUAA